AUGGCGAGUCUUGUCCAGAGUCGGUUCAAUCGCUCCCUCAAGCCCGAGUCGUCGAGGCCGCUCCAUCCACGAUGGGGAGACGUGCACAUCACGAUGCCUACCCCAGGCUCCUGGUGUCAGAUCGACAACAAUGCUACCUACUCAGUUCGUCAUGGCCGUCGAGACUACAGACCGGACUACGUGCAUGAUCUUUCGGGGCUGAAACAGAGUCGUCGCUCCGAAAGCCAUGACGGUCGUCGGUCGAAACAACGUCUCGAGCCGUCUCAUCGCCAAUCAUCGCUCAUCCGAUCAUUGUCGGCUCACCGUCUUUCCGUGCGACAAGCCACGCAGUGCAACGCUAGUGAAGACGACGAUGACGAAGAAGAAGACGAAGAUCUCGACAGUCUUGAUUCCCAGUCUGACCGGUAUCAACAUGACCCCAUUGCCUCCCAGCUUGCAAGACCCAGCAGGCAGAAAUACGUGACAACCAACCGACACAACGACAAAGUUUCCUUUCAAUACAUCCCUACCAGCAGCAGAAAAUACCCGGAGGAGGUAAACAGACCGCCGCUGAGCCGGAACCAGUCAUCCGGUUCUACCGCCAGCUCGGCAGCAGAGAGCCACGGUAUCGCCGGCUUACACAGUCGAUUGCGCGGAUUGAGCCUGUCGUCGAAACGGUUCUCUCGCAGCGGAACAGCCCAUGAGAGCGAAUACAAGGGCGGAGAGUACGUGUAUAUCAACGGCAGGGAGGAUACCAACCGGCGAGAGCCACGCUCUAGAGAAGCUCGAGAGCAGAAUCACGAACGAACGGUACGCUCUGCUUCUGCUUCGGCUGGAGGCCGGAUGUACUCGCCUCCCCUGUACGAUAAGAGAAUGACCCGUAAGAAUUCACUUGCGUCGAAGAGGAUGACGGCGAUCAUGGUACCGAGUCCAGAAGACAUUUGGGAAUAG